CUUUCACAGGUUCAAGGAAGCCGACCAUGUCUAUCACCAUUUUCAUGCUGUGUUUGUUCCUGAACAUAGCAUAUUCAGACAAGAACAUGAAUAAUGUUGGAUUCACGUAUGAUGGAUACUUCAAGAUGGGCGAUCAAGAGCUCAAGCAUUCCAAUCUGACGGCUAAAGUAAUACGCACUGAUGGCGGCCGAAGUGAAGCUUGGCAAGUCUUUUACAAUCUUCCCCUUCAAUUCAAGAAUUCCAAUGCCUCUCCUUCUAUCUUCUCCUUCUCUACCACUUUCGUCUUUGCAAUAGUAGCCACCAAUCCUGAAUUUCACGGCCACGGACUCGCCUUCGCUAUCUCGCCUACCAGAGGUAUUCCUCAAGCUCAGCCAAACCAGUAUCUUGGCCUAUUCAAUGCUACCAACAAUGGUGAAAGUUAUAAUCAUAUUGUUGCAAUAGAGCUUGACACUGACAAGGAUUUUCAGUUAAAUGAUAUUGAUGAUAAUCAUCUUGGAAUUGACAUCAAUGGGGUGGCCUCUGUCAAUAGUUCUCCUGCAGGUUACUAUGCUGAUCAUGGUCCUCUCAGAAAGCUAAAACUUACAAGUAGAGAACCGAUGCAAGUUUGGAUUGACUAUGACAGUAAAGAUCAGAAACUCAGCGUCACAAUUUAUCCCAUAAACAUACCUAAACCAGAGAUUCCUCUUCUCACACUGAUGACAAGAGAUCUUUCUUCUAAUUUCUCUGAAUUUAUGUAUGUUGGGUUCUCAUCCUCCAGCGGGUCAUAUUCAUCUCAUUACAUACUAGGUUGGAGUUUCCAGAUGAACGGUCAAGCUAAGGAGAUUAAUCUUUCUCGCCUUCCUGACAUUCCUGGGAUUUUAGAUCCAAAUGAAAGCGAUGGAGGAGGGAUAGGAUACAAGAAAGUUUUGAUAGUUAUGUUACCACUACUAGUAGGUGUGGUUUUCCUUCUAAUCUUGAUUUAUGGAGCGAUCAUGAUCUCGAGGAGGAGAAAAUUCAUUCAAGUUCUUGAAGAUUGGCAAGUCUUGUAUGGGCCUCAUAGGUUCACUUACAAAGACUUGUUCAUUGCAACAAAAGGGUUUAGAGAUGGACAACUUCUUGGCAGAGGAGGUUUUGGAAGAGUAUACAAAGGGACUCUACCAUUUUCCAAUGUUCAAAUUGCAGUGAAAAGAGUUUCUCAUGAUUCAAGACAAGGAAUGAAAGAAUUCAUAGCAGAAAUUGCAACCAUCGGCCGUCUCAGGCAUCCAAACUUGGUAAGACUUCUUGGCUAUUGCAGAAGAAAAAAAGAACUCCUCUUAAUUUAUGACUACAUGCCCAAUGGAAGCCUAGACAAGUUCCUCUACCGCAUGCCAAACAGCAUACUCAGCUGGAAACAAAGAUUCAAGAUCAUAAAAGAUGUGGCAUCUGGACUCUUGUAUCUUCACCACCAAUGGGUUCAAGUCAUCGUCCACAGAGACAUCAAACCAGCCAAUGUUCUGAUUGACAAUGACAUGAAUGCUAGACUGGGAGAUUUUGGCCUUGCCAAGCUAUGGGACAAUGGAAAUGAUCCUCAAACAUCUCGUGUGGUGGGAACUCCGGGCUACAUAGACCCAGAAAUUGUGCAUAGUGGAAAAUCAAGCACAUUUACUGAUAUAUAUUCAUUUGGGGUGUCUCUGCUGGAGAUUGCCAGCGGUAGAAGGCCGGUCGAAACUGAUGAAACUUCGCCGGAGAAAGUAUUGCUGUUAGAAUGGGUCAAGGUGUGUUGCGAUAAGGGAAACUUAUGUGAAGUAGUGGAUAGCAAAUUGGGGGAUGAAUAUGUGGUGGAAGAAGCUGAAAUGGUGCUCAAACUAGGGUUGCUGUGUUCACACCCUGUUGCUUCGGCUAGGCCUACGAUUUCUACUAUUGUGGAAAUUUUGGAUGGAGAUUCUCAGUUUCCUGAUAACUUAUCAGACUUGAUCAAGUUUAGAAAUUUUGGUGGCUGGUCUGGUCAAGGAUCUUCAUCGUCCUCUACUUUUCCCACUGGGCAGACUUCUAUUGCUUCUCUCACUUUCACCGAGCCAUUUGCCUCCAGGGGCCGCUAGCUGAUUAAUUACAGGGCCAAAUGGUAAUUAGGCAUUUAAAUUAUAGAUUUAAGGCUGUCUAAAAUCCUAAACUCAUUUGUAGUGUAACAAUAUUUGAAAACAUGUAAAAUUGCCUCCAUAAUAAACAAAUAUUAAUUUUGACGAUUGAUCACAAAUUACAAAAAGACAUGCAAAAGAUAUAGAAAAAAAUGUCAAAACUUUCUUUUAAAAGGACAAAAAAGACUGUUUUUUUUUUCAAUAUGGUACAUAUUUAUAGUUUUUUGAGUUCUUAUUUGUAAUUUUUAGUCUUUUCUAUAAUUUUUUUGUUAACUAACUAUCAAAAUUAAUUUUUAUUAACAACAUAUUACACCGUUUUUAAAUAUAAGAGGAAAACAUUUCAUAAAAGAUUAGUUUUAAUUUAAGAGUAAAAUUGUCUUUUUAAGUCUUAAUUAUAUGUUGUUUCAAUACAAAUGUAGACCUUGGUGUAUGUGUAAAUAAACAAAAUUAUAGGUUUGUUCCCUUUUGUUUGCAUCAACUUUUUGCUCUCGCCAGUAUUAUUUUGAUAGUUGCAUUUUAUUCCUUUCAAUUUAAUUGUAGCAUAAUAGAACUAUUUAAUUCUCCUUUGGUGUAUUUAGA